AUGACAAGCAGAGAUAGAGAUAGAUUUAGAAAAUACGAAUCGGGAAGUAAUAAAAGAGCACGUCAACAGCAAAGAGACGAUUUUAUAAAAAAACAAACGGGAUCUUUCGAUAAAUAUCUUAAACCAAGUCCAACUACAUCUCAAAAAAAUUUUGCAUCUGUUUUCCCUAAAACCAAUAAUGAAUACGUCAAUAUAAUUUCUGAUAGUUCAACAAGUAUUUAUGAACAAAAUUCACCUCUAAAAUCUGAAACUGAUCACACCCUUCAGAAUAACAUAUAUAAAUCUUUAGGAAAUGAGGAUUCAGUAGAAACUUAUUUAGCUAAAAAUAAUGAUGGUUUCCGAGGGUGUUCAGAUAUCUUAUACGAGAAAAAUAAUGGUAAAUUUUUAGGCAUUAUAGAAAUGUUAGCGAAAUUUGAUCCGGUUAUCUCUGAACAUGUACGUCGUAUUAAAGACAACGAAACGCAUGUUCAUUAUCUUGGACAUAAUAUUCAAAACUCGUUGAUUUCCAUGAUGGCACAGGAGGUAAAAAUUAAAAUAAUAAAGUUGAUAAAGAAUUCUGCUUAUUUUUCUGUCAUUAUGGACACCACACCAGAUAUUAAUCACUGUGAACAACUUUCUAUUAUAAUAAGAAUUGUACAGAUCGAUUUUGAAAAUGAAUCUAGCUAUUCUGAAAUAAAAGAAUAUUUCAUGGACUUUGUACAUAUUAGCUCAACUACUGGAAUGGAUUUAUCAAAUAUUUUGAUUGAUAAAUUAAAAGAGUAUGGUCUCUACAUACAUUACAUUCGAGGACAGGCUUAUGAUAAUAGGGCGAAUAUGGCAGGUUUAUAUAAAGGUGUAAAGGCUCAUAUUUUAAAACAAAAUCCACGUGCAUUUUUUGACCUGUGUGCAGCACAUAGCCUUAACCUUUGUCUUAAGGAUGCUGGAGGAAGUUCUUCUAUGGCUCAAUUAUUUUUUGGAAUGAUUGAAAGGAUUUAUGUUUUAUUUUCAGCAUCUAUAAACAGAUGGGAGAUUUUAAAAAAAAACAUUAAAUUGUUUCAUUAUGAAAGUAUAGAUGAUUCUUUGAACAAUGAGGAAGAAAAUUUUAGAGUGAAAUACUUUUUAGUAUUAGUUGACCAAACUUUGGCAUCAGUGAAAAAAAGAUUUGAACAAAUAACUCAAUACAAUAAACAAUUUGGAUUUUUGUACAGAAUUGGCCAUUUGAAAAAUAUGAGAGAAGAAGAAUUAUUUAAACAUUGUCAAGAUUUACAAAUAACACUCACGGAUGGCGAAUCCGCAGAUAUUGAUGCGACUGAUUUAUGUAGUGAGCUGAUAAUUUUUCGUACUAUGGUCAAUGAAAAUACUACUGCCAUUCAAGCUCUAAGAAUUCUUAAAACAUCUUGUGGUUCAUUUCCUAAUAUAAACAUUGCACUUAGAAUCUUGUUAACUAUCCCUGUGGCCUCUGCAGGUGCAGAAAGGGCGUUUUCAAAAUUGAAAAUUAUUAAAAACUAUCUUCGUAGUACCAUUUCUCAAGACAGACUUUCUGGGUUAGCGAUACUCUCAAUCGAAAAUGAAUUAGCAGAAACAUUAGAUUACAACCAACUUAUUGACCAGUUUGCACUUCAAAAAGCUAGAAAAAAACAAUUCAUUUAG